UCCCUCACAAUGAUCCUACACAUCGCUUUGAUGUUCCUACUUUUGCCAUUCAGCAUCGUUAUAUCACAACGAAAAUACAAGCCGAUGCAUUGUGACGAAACCAAUCAUUGCAUAACCAGGCCAUCGCUCUUAGCCUCUUGUGUGCACAAAGAUGACUGCUAUAUUACCAGACCAGUGGGUUUUUGUCACAAAAAGAAUCAGGUCUGUUGUGUGAAGAAACGCGGAUUUAACAUUGAUGAGAAUGAAUUUUUCAACUCCAUGGAGUCGCCAGACAAAUAAAAUGCUAUCUACACGAUGAAAUAUAAGGCAUAAUAAACAGUUGGCUGAAAUAUAAGAAUGCCCAACUCGAA